AUGCCUGCUACCGUCGCGAAUCCGCAUCUCCUCUCCCGGCCAAAGAAGGACGACGGGAGUCCGCUGUACCCCGAGUUCAUGCCACACUAUGAUCCACUCGAGAAGGUAGAAGACAUCGGCGAAUUCGAACACUACGACCCCGGCCAUCGCGCCGACCCAACGUUCCCCAAUCUGCUCAAAGAUGUGACCAAGAUGUUCGACCUCUCGCCGCACGUUGGAACCGAGAUCCACGGCGUGCAGCUCUCCAAGCUCAACAGCGCGGGCCUUGACGAAUUGGCUCUGUUGGCUGCGAAACGAGGCGCGCUUGUGUUCCGUGAUCAGGACUUUGGCGACCUGGGCUUUGAAGAGCAGAAGAAGAUCGUCAGGCAUUUCGGACCCUUGCACAUCCACGGCUGGGCGCCUCAUCCGGCUGCUGGCUCCGAAGAGCAUAUGAUUAUAUACGACCACAAGGACGACCUGCGUGUGCGACAGUCCUGGGCCGGCCGUAGCCCUGUGCAAUGGCACACUGAUCAGAGCCCUGAGAAGCAGCCCCCCGGCACAACAUUCAUUGGCAUGCUGGAAUCCCCCAGCACAGCCGGUGGUGAUACUCUAGUCAGCUCGAGUGUUCGUGCAUACAGCAGCCUCUCGCCGCGCUUCCGCAAGCGCCUUGAGGGACUCACUGCCAUUCACAGCAACAAUGACGGUGUUACGCAAGAGAUGAAGCACGGUCAAAAGGCCGUCAUGCGUCGCGGUGUGCUCGAAGCAGAGCACCCCGUUGUCAUCGUUCACCCAGUCACCAAGGAAAAGGCUCUUUAUGUCAACCCCGUCUACACAAAGCGCAUCGUUGGCUUUGACCAGGAAGAAUCCGACUGCAUUCUCCGCUUCCUGUUCGACCACAUUGCCAAGCGUCAGGACUUCUCAUGCCGCGUUCGAUAUGAGGCUGGUACAGUCCUUGUCUGGGACCAGCGUGUCACCAACCACUCGCAGACUCUCGACUACCCAGUCGGCGACCGCAGACAUGGAUUCCGCUUGACGCCGCUCGCGAAUAAGCCCAUUCCUGCGAAGAUUGAAGAAGACGACGGAGAGUCUGUAGGAGCAUCCGAAAGAUCAGUUGGUAAAAAAUACACCGAUGCUGUGCGUUGGAAGCAGUCCUCCCCAGUGCCCGCAGAAGCCGCAAAUCUCGUUGUGCGACGCUGCGUACCCGACGAAUAUCCAGAUUGCGACAUCAUCUUCUCGGGCCUCAAUUCUGAUGUGGCUGGCGAUGUCGAAAUGGCCUUUCUAAAAGCAAACUUUGCGGUCUUUUCAAACGCCAAAAACUACCGAUUAGCCCCUCAGGUUCCCCUGAUUGUUCCGAUUGUCAAUCCGGGACACAUCGAGUCCAUCCCAGCACAGCGUCGGCACUAUCAACUGGAUAAAGGACUUCUUAUAUGCAAUUCGAAUUGUGCGGUUAUCGGCCUCGUUAUCCCAGCUGCAGCACUUAUUCAAAAGUUUGGGCCUAUCGAGCAAGUAAGCAUGGUGACUAUGCAGGCUGUAUCAGGAGCAGGCUAUCCUGGCGUCAGCUGCAUGGAUAUCUUUGACAAUAUUGUUCCAUACAUCCCCGGCGAGGAAGCUAAGAUUCCCGCUGAAGCUCGCAAGAUUUUGGGCAGCUUGACCGCGGAUCAGACUGCAUUCAUCGAUCAACCUCUCCGCGUAUCUGUUGCCUGUAACCGUGUUCCCGUGCUCGAUGGCCAUACGGUGUGUGUAUCGCUACGAUUCGCAAAACGACCUCCGCCGACCGUUAGCGAGGUGCGUGCUGCUUUGAACGAGUAUACCCCCGAAGUCCAAGCCCUAGGCUGUCCUUCUGCUCCAAAACGCGCUAUUAUCGUUCUGGACGAGGUUGAUCGGCCACAGCCUCGCCUGGACAGGGAAUCGGAAAGAGGAUUCGCUUGCAGCGUUGGGAGAAUCAGGGAGGAUCCAAGUGGUAUUUUUGACAUCCAGUUUGUGGCCUUAUCGCAAAACACCGUCCUCGGAGCGAGCGGCUCUUCAAUUUUGUCGUCUCACUACGCCGACUCGGGAAUAGCUGUUAUAGGCGUAUACAUAUCACGUUUGAGUACCACCGGAACCGGCGCCACGGACCCAGCUCCCUCGACAUUCACAUAUGCAAAUCAUCUGUCGAACCUGAUGAUUCCUGUGACUGUCACUGCGGGAUCGAUCACCCAGACUACAAGUGGUACCGCCUCUGCCACCUCUGCUUCUGCCUCUGCCUCUGCCACGAAGACGUCCCAGCAAUCUUCUGCUUCGACUAAAAGUAGCACUGGCGGCAGCAUUCCUAUAAUGACUAGCAACGUAAAGCUCGCUGUUGGUGGCGCUGCGCUUGCUUUGGCUGCUGCAGGAAUGCACUGA